AUGGAAGAAGAAUAUAACAUGGCUGAUGACGUGAAGCUGCUACUUCCGGCCGUAGAGACUGAACAACUUUCUACGGUGGAAGUCGUUGUACGCACCAACGCUAAGGUUAUCACUGCUCUAAACAGCAAAACCGAUGAAGCGAAUGCUCAACUUUCCAGGCAUGCUAAUAAAGCUGAGGUUAUUGAUGAUUCCGUCAGAGCUGAUGCUGAAGCUCAUGACGAAGAUGUUCCUAUCAACCUUACAGCUGAUGCUGGUGAUGAAAACAAUGAUAAUGAAGACGAUGACAAUGAAGAUGAUGAUGACUCUCCAUCCCGUCCUGACGCUAGAAAGGAUCUCGAUGGUGAUGAUGAUGAAGACGACAAUGACAACGACUUCACGAUUCAUUUGGCAGCAAAAGCAUUCUCAGCUCCCGAAGAAGAUGAAGCUACCGAGAUAGGAAUUAGGAGCUGCUUUUCCGGCCAAGAAAGCUAUUGA